AUGAGCGCUCUCAUCCAGAUGCGUGAUUCUAAUGGUAAAUUCAUACAAGCUCGUGCGUUACUUGAUACUUGUGCUACUGCAAACUUCAUUACCGAAAAUUUAACUAAUAGAUUGAAAUUACCUACCCAAACUUGUUCUAUUCCAAUCGGUGCAGUUAAUGGAAUGCAAACUUUUUCUAAACAUCUAAUUCAAGUAGUAUGCGAAUCCUUAAACAAUAAAUUUCAAAAAUCAUUAUCCUUUUUGACAGUUGAUAAAAUCACUGAUUUGAGUCCUAACGAAGUAUUUCCACGUGAUAAAAUAGAUAUACCAAAUAACAUAGCCUUGGCUGAUCCACUCUUUCAUCUUCCGCGACCACUAGAUGUUCUCAUUGGUUCCGGAACCACUUUAGCCUUGCUGUCAAUUGGACAAAUUAAUCGCUCACAUGAAGAUUGUGAUUUAAUUAUACAAAAAACACAACUUGGUUGGGUUGUAGCGGGGGGAGUCAAUGAGGAUAACGAUACACAACCUGUAUCAUGUCAACUUUUAGAUUUGUCAAAUCAAUUAACUCGUUUUUGGAUAAUAGAGGACGUUAAUCCUAAAGGGUCUAGAACCUUAGAUCAUUCUCUUUGUGAGACACAUUACCAACUUAACACUACCCGAGAUACAAGUGGGAGAUAUAUUGUGAAAUUACCCUUUAAAGUCGAGAAUGUAGAUUUUGGUAAUUCUAAACAACAAGCUUAUAAAAGAUUUCUCUCUUUACAGAGAAGAUUAAAUUUAGAUCAGCAACUUAAGAUUGAGUACAAUAAAGUAAUGCAGGAGUACAUCGACCUUGGUCAUAUGGUACUCGUAUCACAUGAUCAAGAGCCGGGCUACUAUUUACCACACCAUCCCGUCAUAAAAACAUCUAGCACUACCACCAAGGUACGCGUUGUAUUCGAUGCAUCUGCAAAAUCUGAUAAAGGUAUCUUCUUGAAUGAGGUUCUGCUGACGGGGCCUACUGUACAAGAUAACUUAUUUACUAUUCUAUUACGUUUCCGUAUCUAUGUUUACGCUAUGACUUCUGACAUUGCUCAAAUGUAUAGACAAAUCCGGGUCCAUCCAGAUCAUCAUAAAUUUCAAAGAAUUUUUCAUUAUCAUAACGAAAAAAUUAGCACUUUUGAAUUACAACGAGUCACAUUUGGAGUAUCUGCUGCUCCGUUUUUGGCCACACGUACAGUAAAUCAAUUAGCUGACGACGAACGUCAUAACUUCCCAAACGCCUCGAUUGUACUUAAACGCGAUUUAUAUGUUGAUAAUUUGUUAACCGGGACAAAUUCUUUACCUGAAAUUUUGCAAUUACGUGAUGAAAUAAUUCAACUAGUAAGAAAGGGGGGUUUUGAACUUCGUCAGUGGGCCUCCAAUCAUAAACAUGCAUUAGACACCUUUGACCAAAGAACGCUUGAUUUGGAUUGUGCUAUUAAUGAUGACCCUAUAUCUAAAACUCUUGGUAUUGUCUGGAACUCUUUAACUGAUGAAUUUAUCUACACUGUUAACUCACUUGGUUCCUUGAAAAAGAUGACUAGACGAACAAUCUUAUCAGAUAUCGCAAAAAUUUUCGAUCCACUUGGGAUCUUAGGUCCAGUAGUACUUGCUGCCAAAGCGAUGGUACAAGCAUGUUGGAAGGCUAAAGUUCAUUGGGAUGAAGCAGUACCUCAGGAAUUACACACUCGUUGGUUACAAAAGCUAGUCAGUAGUGAUCUAUCUACUCUCACCUCACCAAAAUCAAGCAAUUUUCUAGAUCACAAAUGUCUUUAUUCUAUUCUUAUUGCAUUUAUGUAUAUGGUAUUCUACUAG